AUGCGCCGGUUUGUCUACUGCAAGGUGGUCUUGACCACUUCUUUAGUCUGGGUGCUGGUGGAUGUUUUCCUCCUGCUUUACUUCAGCGAAUGCAACAAAUGUGACGAUCGGAAGGACCGCUCGCUGCUUCCUGCCCUCCGUGCUGUGAUAUCUCGUAGCCACGAGGGUCCCGGUGAGAUGGGCAAGUCUGUGAACAUCCCCAAGGAAGAUCACGAGAAGAUGAAGGAGCUCUUUAAGAUAAACCAGUUCAACCUAAUGGCCAGCGAUAUGAUUGCACUCAACAGGAGCUUGCCGGAUGUCCGCUUGGAUGGCUGUAAGACCAAGGUAUACCCAGACAACUUGCCAAAUACAAGCAUUGUCAUCGUAUUCCACAAUGAGGCCUGGAGCACAUUGCUGCGGACAGUCCAGAGUGUCAUCAAUCGCUCUCCCAAACACUUGAUUGUGGAAAUUGUGCUUGUGGAUGACUUCAGUGAGCGAGACUUCUUGGGGAAAAAGUUGGAGAACUAUGUGCGGCCUCUUGAUGUGCCGGUCAAGAUCCUGAGGAUGGAGCAGCGUUCAGGUCUCAUCCGAGCCAGAUUAAGAGGGGCGGCUGCCACCAAAGGUCAGGUCAUCACCUUCUUGGAUGCCCACUGUGAGUGUACUGUAGGUUGGUUGGAACCUUUGCUGGCUCGCAUCAAAGAGGACAGGACGGCAGUGGUAUGCCCUAUCAUUGAUGUUAUCAGCGACGAGACCUUUGAAUACAUGGCAGGCUCUGAUAUGACUUACGGUGGCUUCAACUGGAAGCUGAAUUUCCGCUGGUACCCUGUCCCCCAGCGGGAGAUGGAUCGACGCAAGGGCGACAGAACGCUUCCUGUCAGGACCCCCACCAUGGCAGGAGGGCUCUUCUCCAUAGACAAAACAUACUUUGAAGAAAUAGGAAGCUACGAUCCAGGGAUGGAUAUAUGGGGUGGAGAGAACCUGGAGAUGUCUUUCAGAAUCUGGCAGUGUGGCGGUUCCUUGGAGAUUGUCACGUGUUCCCAUGUUGGCCAUGUUUUCCGCAAGGCUACUCCUUACAGUUUCCCUGGAGGGACGGGCCAAGUUAUUAACAAGAACAACAGGCGGUUGGCAGAAGUCUGGAUGGAUGAUUUCAAAGAUUUCUUCUAUAUCAUAUCACCAGGGGUGAUGCGCGUGAACUAUGGGGACGUUUCCUCACGCAAAGCCCUCCGCGCAGCCUUGAAGUGCCGACCCUUCUCUUGGUAUCUGGAGAACAUCUACCCGGACUCCCAGAUCCCGAGAAGAUAUUACUCGCUGGGUGAAAUCAGGAAUGUUGAGACCAACCAAUGUGUAGACAACAUGGGACGAAAAGAAAACGAGAAAGUUGGCUUCUUCAACUGCCACGGCAUGGGUGGAAACCAGGUGUUCUCAUACACGGCAGACAAAGAAAUUCGGACGGAUGACCUCUGUUUGGACGUCUCCCGCCUCAACGGACCUGUCGUUAUGCUCAAGUGUCACCACAUGAAGGGCAAUCAGAUGUUUCAGUAUGAUGCCGAGAAGCACACCUUUCUGCACAUUAUCACCCAGUCAUGUCUGACCAUCAGCCGCCUUGAGGAUGGCACCUAUGGCCCCACUGUGGAGUACUGUAACAACAGUCCCCUCCAGGCCUGGACCUUGCACAACUUUACACAGGUGGGGGUCGCUAGGCGACUCUACUACAGCCCCACUGAUUAUUUUCUAUAA